CUACACCCCCCCUCUCUCUCUCUCUCAUCACACAAAAGAUCCUUCACAUACCAAUGCAAAACUGACCCUUAACUCCCCAUUUAAGAUGGAACUAAACCACUGCCAUUUCAAAGCUUUUUAGAGAGAGAAAGUCAUGCUUGUUCUGAUGUUACAAAUAAAGAGCAUGACCCUUCUACCUUCAUAGCUUUUCUAACCUACCCUGUUCUUCCAUUCUUCAUAAAUUCAAUUAUGGCUGUUCAAGCACAGUUGUACUCUGAUCAUCAUCAUCAUCAUAAUAAUAACAUGGGUUGCUCUAAUUUGAAUCAAGAUUGGGUCUUGAUGUCUGGAUCCUCUGUUUUUGGAUAUGGGGAUGAAAACAGAGUACUCUGUUCUUCUUAUGAACAUCAACAACAAGAUCAAGGGUUGAUUGACUCUCAAAAGGUUAUGAAUUGUCAUAAUCUUGUUUCAUCAUCAAAUUCAAGAAGAAAUGGGAUGAUGAUUGGGUUUCAAAAUCUGUCUUCUGAGCUUGAGAGACAGAGGUUAGAGAUGAACUAUUUUCUUCAUUUGCAGAAUGAGAAAUUGAAAGCUGUAUUAAACGAAGAAACAAGAAAAAGAGAAGCAAUGUUGAUGCAGAGUUACGAAUCGAAGAUGAAGGCAAUAAUGAACGAAAAAGACCAACUUUUAAACAGCGCAACAAUCCGAACAAAAAAACUUGAAACAUGUCUACAAAUGGCAGAACAAGAAGCCAAGAUUUGGGAGAAAAAAGCGAUUGAAAGUGAAGCAUUGGUGACAGACCUCAACACGAAACUUACACAAGCAAAAGCAACAAGACAUGAAGAUGCAGAAUCAGUCUGUAAUGGGGAUGAUGAAGAACAAAGACAGGAGAAGAUGGUAUGCAAGAUGUGUCACGUGAGAAGCACGUGUGUGUUAUUGUUGCCAUGCAGGCAUCUCUGUUGUUGCAGACAUUGUGAAGGUCUGCUGAUAUUUUGUCCUGUUUGUGAAACUGUAAAAAAUGGGAGUUUAGAGGUUUUCUUUGGACUAAAUUAACGUGGGUAGAAUGGUCAGAAAGAAAUGUUAAAAAUAUGUGUUUUCUUGGCAGUACUAUUAGUAGAAAAGAUCCAAAAUGGUUAUGGGUAUGAGGGGAAAUGUGAUCAAAAUAAUAAUAAUAAAAAUUGGCGUUUUCUGAAGAA